GUGUUGGCAGCUCCUGCUGUGAAAUCGGGUGACUCUCUAAACAAAUACAGGUGCCGCUUCUGAGUGAAAGGCUCAGGGUCCAAUGAGGAUUUGGGGAGCGUCACCUGUAGCUGCAGGUCGGGGCGGGACAUUUGGAGUUGGUCGCCUGGGUCUUGGGCUGAGGACGUGCAUCGCAAACCCUGUUCGAGUUGAAACUCCUGCAGCUCCAUGUCGGCUGAGCGCGACACCGUGCAGAUCCCCGAUGACUUGGCGUUCGCCUCGUUCAGAGAGCGCUGUGAGUCGGAGCACGGCUGGCAGCAGAAAUACAGUAAACUGGGGAUAGGCGUCUGGGUGCAGGCCGCUACUGAGGGCAGAGCGGUGCACAGAAUCAAGUGUAGAAUUGAACUUAAAGAUGUUUCUGCAGAGACGGUGUAUGAUGUGCUACAUGAUAAUGAGUAUCGCCUCAAGUGGGAUAAGCAGGUCAUCAACACUUUUGACAUUGCACGGCUCACAGCGAAUGCAGAUGUUGGCUAUUAUUCAUGGAAAUGUCCAAGACCCCUAAAAGACAGGGAUGUGGUUACUUUGAGAUCAUGGCUGGUCACAGAUAAAGAUUACAUGAUUAUCAACUACUCAGUCAAACACCCUAAAUAUCCUCCUCAGAAAGAUCUAGUCCGAGCUGUAUCCAUUCUAACAGGUUACAGAAUCCUACCUACUGGGUCCAAAAGUUGUAAUCUUGUGUAUAUGGCUGAUGCAGAUCCUAGAGGGUCUCUUCCAAAGUGGGUUGUCAACAAAGCUUCUCAGUAUACGGCUCCAAAAGUUCUGAAGAGAAUCCAUAAAGUGUGUUUGAAGUACCCCGAAUGGAAACAGAAGAACAGGCCAAACUUCAAACCUUGGCUUUACCCAGAACAGAAUACCUUGCCAACCAUGAGCCUGUCUGAACUUUCAAUCCAGCACGCAGAUUCACUGGAAAAUAUUGAUGAGAGUGGUCUAUCUGAAGAGAACAAUGGUAGUGAUGAAGAAGAAUGUAGAACUAAGGGCCUAAAAGACUGAAACCAUGUUGCAUUGCUUCCUUGCGGUGCUGUAGGCCCUUGAUGUUUGGGGAUGCUGCAGAGGAGUCAGCAAGUGUUCAUAUUAGUUCUUGGAAUUUGGGAGGAAAAUUUCUUAAUUAUGAAUUAAUUUAAUUAUUGGGGAGACAUAUUGAACCAAGGUAAUACACACACAAAGGAUGACAUUUAGGCAAUAAAUUAAAUACCUAAGCACUCUGGGGUUUAAUAUUAGUAGUGACACAUUAAAAUGAAGGAACAGCCAUGAAAAUGACUUCUGUAGUUUUAGUUUUGAAUGCAUCUUUCAGACAGAAACAUUAUGUUGAGGGUAAUGAAAGGAUUCUUCGAAAUUCCUUCCUUUAGUGAGAUUGUAAGUCUCUUGAAUUACAGGUCGUGUAUACAGAGUUUGAAAGAGUGCUUACAAGUAUUAUGUGAUAUUGAUUUUGAUUUCAGAGUCACUUUGAAAAUGUUUUAAGUAUUUUUGAAACAAAAUUACAUAUUCCACUUUUAGACUGCAGCAUCUUAUCACAUAAUAAGGUUCUGAUCAUCACACAUUCAUUUUACAAACAGUAAUUCUCUAUUCUUAAAACUACUGAGCGGAGUAAAAAGUACUUGUUCGUGUUCUGCAGGGUCACAACAUUUAAAAUUUACACUACAAUGUGUUAGUAUAAGUGAAGAAAAUAUUAACGUUUUAAAAUUAGUUAUUAAUACCUUUUGGGAAUAGUGAGUGUUCAUUUUGGUUUUUUUUUUCACAAAAAAGUUCAUUUAAAAGAUGCUAACACUUGUAAAACCUUGGGUAUUUGGGGUUUGACAUGCGGGAUGAGGGGGUCUGUUUCUCUCCAAGUGGAACAAUUCUUUCAAUGACCGAGGAUCCUUCAUAUAUCAAUGUAUUUAUAUCUGAUUUUCUUUUAUGGCUUGAUAUUUAAAUUGAAAUGUUCAUUUUCAAGCACUGCUUUUGACACCAAGUUCCACUUUUUUUUAAAAAUCUGAGUGUGGAGCAAGGUAAUGUGUGGGAGAAAGAUUUUACAGUUUGCAUUGGAAUUUGGGACUAAAGUGGAGUGUUAAUAUUUAAAUGUGCAAGACUCCUAGCAGAUAUACAAUUGAGCAAGGGCAUACUGGUUGAAAUGAGAAAUAGUGGAAAAAUGUAUAAUUGAUAUCAACUGGCAAGAAAGUCAUCUUUUUGAUGGAUAUAAACUUCCUAUUGCCCUUCAUGUAUCUUGUAAAACAGUUAAUUGCAAUUUUUAAAAAUGGAAUUGGGGUAACCCUCUGAACCAGCUUGUGUGCAUGUCAUGUGCAGUAAGUAUAGGGGAGAUGAGAGAAAUUAAAUUCUCAGGCAAGUUGGUUUCACAUUUAAAAUGGUUAGACCCAAAUGAGUAAUUCUAAAUUGUGAAGUUGGUGACCAGUCAGCACCCAAACCUUUUAUUUAAUGUUGGCAGCAGUGUUUUGUUCAGAAAUUGAGAAGUGAUUGGAUACUAACAGUACUUGAAGUACACUGACCUAGAACACAGCUCUGCACUAUUUUUGUGAUUCCUGACCUGAAAGGAGCUGCUGAUUGAUUUAACCCCAUUCAACAAUGAAACAAUCUGCAAUCAUUUUAGUCAGUUGAUUAGUAACUACAUUUAACUGCUGUAGAAGUCUUUUCAAAGUAGGAGACAUGAUUGUGGAUCAUAUUUCUACACUUUUUUUAAUUUGCAAGAACACGCAGCCACUUGUUCAAAAAUUGCAAUGGCCUUAAGAGAUCAGUAUAUUGUUCUUAGCCUGUUGAUGAAGCCUUACAGCAAUAAGUUUAAUAUUCAUUGCUUCUAAAUGUGAAUCAAAGAAACAUUAAGGCAGGACCCUAAUUUUCUUUCCUGAACUUCAAAACAAAAUUGUCAAACUGAGCAACUUCAGGUGCCUACAGUAAUCGUACAGAGAAUGUAGAUGUCAUGGUGCAAUAGAAACACUGACAUUAAAUAAAUUGUUGAAAGUGUGAGUUAAAAUAAUAUAUUUUGAGAACAAAAUCGUGGAAUUGGAAUUUAGGGGUAUUUUUGGUAUUUUGUAAAGUGGAUUUUUGUAACUGUUGAAAAUAAACCAGAAACUUUGAAAUAACUGCAGAGAAGUUUGGGACCUCAAAAUUCUAGUAGGUGCACAAGAGUCUGAAAGCAUUUAUAAGAUAUGUUUAGUAACUCUGUAUUGCCAAUGAAAAAUUCUCAACUGAACAAUUGCCAAUGCGAUUCUAAUCAUUCUUUUAUUGAUGCCUUUUAUUUCCUUACUGGGAAUCUGUAAUGCUAGUACACCUCUCCUGUCAUCAGAGCCUUCUAAUCAAUCAUUUGUAAUUAGAUAACCUGCCCUGCCUCAUAACCAACAAAUGGUCUUAGCUAAAAAGAUGACGUUUGAGAGUAUUUAUUAAGACUAAUGUGUUUGAUAAGAAAUCCAUUCCAUGAUGUUUAAACAUCUGCCAAUUUUGAGGUCCCUAAAUGUUUCCAAAAGGCUGAAAUAAGUUCUAUUUUUAUGAAAAGAUUGUUCCUGCUGAGUCAUUCGGUGCCACUUUGUGUACAAAGGCAUUGUCUCUGUUAUACACCAGGUGUUUGUCCUGUAAAAAUGUUUUUAUAAUGAAAUUCAGCUAACGAUUAACACUUAUAAUAUUGCCAUUUCUGUAGUGUUUGUGGUGCUGUCAGUUAGGGUUAUUUAUUGUAUGUAAAGCAAAAAUUAUGCUGUUUUGUCAAAACUUUGUAGUAAUCACUGUCACCCAAAUGCUCAAACUCCCCCAGUUUAAAAUUUCGAAUAGCCACACUGUUUUAUUCAUCAUUCAAAGGGCCAAGUGUGAAAAUUUCACACACCUAUCUAUUGCUUUCCUGAAAUUUUAGUAAAAAUACUUAGAUGUUGCCAGUAUGUUUUUUCCCCACUGAUUAUAAAAUGUUUAUUAAUUUGCUGGCUUCUACCUUCUGUAAAUGUGAC